UGUUCCGUGCCGGCCACUGUGCUUAGUGGUGGAAGAAGAAGUAGUAGUUCCGUAGCAUACCGCAUCUCGAGGCGUUCUUCAGCUGCGUUAUAAGCUGUUCGACAUUUCCUGAAGUCUCAGACCAAGGAUGGACAACAAAAAUCUGAGAAGAAGGUCUUCGCUGAAAGGGAUUGUGGUUCAAGAUGAACUUAAAGAGGAACCCCAAGGCGACGAUUCCAAGACCAUUGAUCCGAAACCCAAAAGACGUGCAUCAAGGGUAAUCUUUUCGGAUGAUGAUAUUAAGAGCAGCUCUUCAGCGUCUGAGAUGCCAGGUAUGGGAAGCAGAAGAGGAAGCAUAUCUAAAGCAGUGGGCUUCAACAAACAAGUCGAAAAGUUAACUUUUGCUGUCGGUUCUUCGGAAGAUUCAUCUCCUCAGGUGGUGUCUAUGGAAGAAUCGAAAGACAAGGUCGAAGCAAAAGCCAGUCUAGCGUCGUUGCAAGGAAGGAGGCCUUCACUCACCAUAGUACGCGCGGAGCAAGUUCCUAUCACCGACCAGUCAGACGUGGGUGGUGGCGGACCCACAAAAUCGGAGAGCACUGAAGCUAUUCCAUCGACUUCAGAGGAAUCAAUGAUUCCCGUACCCGGACCAUCGACACGGUUAACGGACGGAGAAAAGGAAAUAGCUGCCGAAAACAACAAUGAGGGUGUUCGGGGUAUACUGAAACCCUUUGAUGACCACGAAGUGAAACUCGCUCCACCUCAAGAAGGCGACAAAGACGGGCAGGCAAAGUUCGUGCGGAGGCUGAGCGCCGUCCCGUCGAUAAAAUGGUGUGCCAAGGCUCCUCCCGUGGCAGCUCCACAACCUUCACCCGAUCAAGGCCCUUCGCCCGAAAAUCUGAGUAUCAGCUCUGUACCGCCGUAUGCGUACGAUGCACAGACCCGCUCGGUCGGCGGAUCGGUCAGCGCUCUCUUGUUGGCUCCUGGCAAGCGGCAAAGCUCACGAAGGGGAUCAAUCAUCUACCGACAGAGGUCAAUGCGCAAGUGCCUCCUCGCUGCAGUUGUCGGCAUCGUCGCGCUCGCCGUUCUCAUGACAGUCGCUGUCUUCAGCUUGAUGAGGCCCGCACACUUGAGGGAGGUGUUCGUCCACACGCCCAAGACCAAGUACAGAGGAUUCAUCAAAGACAUUCUAGGUGUUCCCCUGCUUGUAUUCACUGGAGUCCCCUUCGCCGUCGACCCCGCUGGUAGCUACCGCUUCAGGGCCCCCGGUGGCGACCCGAAGCUGAGCUACGUCGAAGCCACCAGCCUUAAAAGCGAGUGCCCACAAGGGCCUUUCUUGUACGACGGCCAGGUACGGCAGUCCGCCCCAGCCGGCACUGAGAAGUGCCUGCAUCUCAACAUUUGGGUACCGAGGGGACUCGCAGACAAGAAAGCCGUCAUGAUUUUCUACUACGGCUACUCUUUUCUCAAUGGAGCCAAUAAUUACAAGGAAAUGGAUGCCAGUUAUCUCAGUGUCAUCGGGGACAUUAUCGUGGUUGUCCCGAACUACCGUGUGGGAGUGUUGGGCUUCCUCUCGGACUCCUCGGACGACCAUGGAAACGCUGGUCUUUACGACCAACUGGCGGCGACGCAGUGGGUGCGCGAUCACAUCCACUACUUCGGCGGCGAUCCCAACCUCAUUACAAUCGUCGGACACGAUGCCGGAGCUGCCUCCAUCGGACUUAACAUACUGCUGUUCGGCAUCAACCCUCCAAAGCUGAAAUGGCUGCCUCGCUAUAUUCUGCACUCAGGAUCGCCACUUGCACCUCUAAGAGACAAUACUCUGCAUGCGAAUGCGAACCUGAUGCAAGUAGCGCAGGGAGCCAACUGCAGCGCAGACUCAAGUUUUUCCAUGGAGUGCCUCAAAUCUGUCAGUGUCUCCGAAUUAAUCCCCAAGGAUGCUGUAAACUCUUCUGCAGAGGCCUUUAAUCCCACAUUUCUGAGCCCCCUGCUGCCAUAUUUCCCGGCAGAUCUCCUCGCCAGGAGCAAAGUGCAGGGUGUUCAGGUACUAAUAGGAACCGUAUGGAACGAAGGGAUACAGCCCGUUGAGACGCAAAAGGCCAUCGCCAAGAUGAAGGGCCAUACAUUAGAAGAUUUCUUCGCGAAUGACUUCCCCAGGGCCAUGAGAGCAUUAGGAUUCAGUACUUUGGAGCCUGCAAUAAAGGGCCUCACCAAUGACUCCAAGUGGGCUACGAGUUCUAAGGCACCCACAAUAGCGGAACGUAUUUACGGCGACUUGAUGUUCCACUGCCCGGUGCGGUAUUUUGCGGAGUUCCUGGGCAAGCACACAAAGCCAAGAAACCAGGUGUACAUGUUCGUCGUCAACGAACGACCCUCCUGGAGUGUUUGGACUGGGCAUAAUGAAACCACGCACUACGAAGAUCUGGAUUUCCUGUUUGCGGCACCAUACACAAAGAAUUCUGCUACACGUGAAGACAAAGUUUUAAGCGCCGACAUUAUCACCUCGUGGGUUCAUUUUGCGAAAACAGGUUCACCCCCGUACGUGGAUGACGAACCCUGGCCAAUGUUCAGCACCACUAAUGACGUUGCGGUGGAGGUAUCUGCAGGCGCACUACGACUGGUACGGGACCAUCGGCGCCACCGUUGCAACGAACUACGAGACUAUAUACUCAGCGCUACUAAGCCCUCCUCACUAUCAUCUUCGCGCAACUCUUGAGCGCUCUUACAAUGUUACACAGGAUUCCGAGAAUUUAUCACGUCGUCGACGUGUAGUUGAAUUACACAACAAAGGUCUUCAUAAAACAAUUUACACUGUU